UCUUCCAAUCUUAUCUACCAUUACAUCUCCAAAAUUCUCAUUCUCUCUUCUUGUGUAUUACUUUUUCUCUGUCACAUGAAAAUAUCAAAGUUCUUCUUCCUCCUUUAGUCAAAUCUUACCUAUUCCAUUUUUACAAAAUAUAUACAAUUUAUUGAAACACAAAAAAAACUACAAAAAAGAAAGAAAAGAAAUACAACAACAGUUGAAAGAAACAAAAAAGUGAGUUUUGGAAGGGAAAAAGGCUUAUUAAGUGGUGAUAUAGAAGAUUUUGGUGUUUAUAUAUGAAGGAAGAUAUUGGGGGUGUAUCUUUAGAAAUGGAGGGUAGUUUGGUAGAAAAAAAUGGAGAAAGAGUUAGACAUGUUGAAAAAGUUGGUUAUGUGAAAAGGGUCAUUGUAAAAAAGAAAAAACCUUAUCAUAGCAACAAGGUUAAGAAGCAUGUAUCUAAUAAGACACUUCAAAAGCUAUUUGUCUCAUGCAAGGAAACAUUCAAAGGCCCUGACACUAUUCCUUCAACACAACAUGUUCACAAACUAUGUCACAUUCUUGAUAACAUGAAGCCAGAAGAUGUUGGACUAAGUAAAGAUUUGCAGUUCUUCAAAUCAGAAUACAUUGUCAAAGAGAAUCCAAGGGUAACAUACACAACCAUAUACAAGUGUGAUAAUUUCUCACUAUGCAUUUUUUUCCUACCUUCAAAAGGAGUUAUUCCUCUUCAUAACCAUCCAGGAAUGACUGUUUUCAGUAAGCUUCUAUUGGGACAAAUGCACAUUAAGUCAUAUGAUUGGGUUGAUCCUGAGGUCUCUCACAAUUUGUUGCAACAACCAUCUCAAUUGAGAAUGGCAAAAUUAAAAGCUAACAAGGUAUUCACAUCACCAUGUGACACUUCAGUGUUGUAUCCAAAGACUGGAGGAAACAUCCAUGAAUUCACAGCCAUAACUCCAUGUGCUGUGCUUGAUGUCAUUGGACCUCCAUAUUCCAAAGAUGAUGGAAGAGAUUGCUCAUACUAUAAAGAUCACCUUUACACUGCUUUUCCAAAUGGAGAGAUUGCUGAGUUGAAAGAAGAAAAUGAAAGUUAUGCAUGGUUGGAAGAAAUUGAGAUGCCAGAAAACUCUCAAAUGGAUGGGAUUGAAUAUCUUGGUCCUCCAAUUAUAGAGAGUGCCCUAUAAGACUAUAAGAUAUAGAUUAUGUCAAGAUUUAAAUAUGUAUUCCAUACCACACCUUCUUAGAUGUUCUUAAAUGUCCAUAUUACAAACAUAUACACAAAUCCCCUUCACUUAGCUUUCCUUUUACUUUUCAUUAUGACAUUUGUUUGUUUGUUUCUAUUCCCUAAAGGUUUUAAGAUCGAUUUUAAUAAUUA